CAGAGCUUUACCCCACACUCCAUUAAUCUGUACUCCCAAAAGCUCCACCUACCUUACCCUUACCCUUCCCAGCUGCCACUCCCAUUUCUGUCGUUCCUCCUUCUCUCCUCGUCACCAUCUUUCCAAGAAAGCACCAAGUUAUGGCUAAUCAACUUUUCGCAGCAUCUUUUAUCUCUCUCUUCCUCUUCCAUGUCGCAGGGGCGCAGCCUUUCAUUGGAGUCAAUUAUGGACAGGUGGCGGAUAAUCUUCCGCCGCCGGAUGCGACUGCGAGGCUGCUGCGGUCAACUUCGAUUGAGAAGGUGAGGCUGUACGGAGCGGACCCGGCGAUGAUCAGCGCUCUGGCCAACUCCGGCAUCGGGAUAAUGAUCGGAGUCGGCAACGGAGACAUCCCGGCGAUGGCAUCGGACCCAUCCUUCGCCGGGAACUGGGUUUCUUCCAAAGUGCUCCCCUUCUACCCGGCGAGCAAGAUCACGACUAUUAACGUCGGGAACGAGGUGCUCUACUCCGGGGACAGGAAUCUGAUGACGCAACUCCUGCCGGCGAUGCAGAAUCUGGCGAACGCCCUUGGCUCUGCUUCGCUCGGAGGGAAAGUAAAGGUGUCGACGGUUCACGGGAUGUCGUUGCUGAGUUCAUCUGCUCCGCCGUCGGCCGGGAGCUUCGAUCCAGCCGUCACCGACUUGCUCAGAGGUCUGCUGGGCUUCAACAACGCUACCGGUUCGCAGUUCCUGAUAAACCCUUAUCCGUUCUUCGCUUACCAGAGCGAUCCCAGACAGGAAACACUGGCUUUUUGUCUAUUCCAGCCCAACUCCGGCCGGGUAGAUUACCGCACGAAAUUGAAAUACACGAACAUGUUUGAUGCCCAGGUAGAUGCUGUAAGAUCUGCAGUGAAUGCAAUGGGCUUCAAGGAUGUGGAGAUUGCAGUUGCUGAAACCGGGUGGCCUUACAAGGGAGAUAGCAAUGAGGUUGGUCCUAGCCUUGAGAAUGCCAAGGCUUACGUGGGAAAUUUGAUCACUCACUUGAGGUCUUCGGUUGGAACUCCGUUGAUGCCAGGGAAAUCGGUUGACACCUAUCUAUUUGCAUUGUACGAUGAGGACAUGAAGCCUGGUCCCACUUCUGAGAGGUCAUUUGGGCUCUUCAAGCUUGAUUCAACCAUGACCUUUGAUGCCGGCCUUUCAAAGACUAGUGUCCCGACUCCAUCGACACCAACACCUAAGGGUAAUGCUUGGUGUGUGCCAAAGGACGGUGUAUCGGACGCCCAAUUGCAAGCAAAUAUAGAUUACGUUUGUGGGCAUGGGUUUGAUUGUAGCCCAAUCCAGACCAGUGGGCCGUGUUUCAGCCCGAACACACUCGUGUCUCAUGCUGCCUAUGCUAUGAAUCUUCUCUACCAAACUGCAGGCCGAAACCCUUGGAAUUGUGAUUUCUCACAGACAGCCAUGCUCUCAUCAAAGGAUCCCAGUUAUGCAGGGUGUAGAUAUCCUAGUGGCAGUACCUAAGAAGAAGAGUACCUCAUAUGUACACAUUAUAAAUAGCAACUUCAACAUUCAAUUCUUAAGGCCAUUAUAUUAUGACUUUCCACACAAAUAUAUAAAUAUGCUCUCAAGUUAUUCUUUUGAUGUGGAGUUGGUUUUGCGGGACGAAAGAGAUGUCAGUUUGUUAUUGAAGCCAAAUAUAUAGAGUUUUGAUCAUACAGGUUUUUUAGACACAUUUUACGGCUGGAAAUCAGAUUGUGCAAAUCAACCUUUUGCAAUGAUAAACAUGAUUUCCGGCUCGAAAAAUUUCUCUGUUUUGAAAAUCAAGUGUGAUCAAAACUCUAUGUAUGUAUUGUCAUGCAACAACAGAAUGAACUCUCCUUAGUCAUGGCGAAAUCAUGUAACAUGUUACCAAGUUCAGUUUGACUGUCUAGUACUACGUAUAAACUAUUGAGUUAUUGUGAAGAUAAUUAGUCAAGAUUAAUCUGUACAUCUUGACUUAUACACACUCGCCGGUACAUUUUUCAUGUUUACGGUUGAGCAAAUAAUUGCCAAGUGCAUAAAAAUGUAUUUGAGCUGUUUUUGUAUGGAGUUGUUUUUCUCUCAUGUGAAUUAUUUUUUCAGGUCCAAG